AUGCCGAGAACUCCACAAUCUCGCAAAUUUGGGGAAAGCGCGUCACCUCGGACACCCGUUAAACCAGUUGGGUCUGGAAAAGACAGUAGAUGCCUUUUGUGUGGUUUAGAUUUUAAAAUAAGCGGGCAAAACACUUGGAGAUCCCUCAAAAACAAAGAGCUUAGAGACAGAGUUUGUCGGCUGUUGGAGAAGACGCUUGACUUUGAUCGAGAAUCGACUCGCCUGUGUAAAAAAUGCUUUCAACGUAUUGAAGCCAUAUAUAAACAAAGCAAGGAUAUUGAAGACAGUAAACGGGAAAUAGUUGAACACUAUGAGAAAACAAAGGAAAGUAACAAGGCUUGUUUUGGCGUAAAUGGUGAUCGCUUUAAGCGGCUUGCUAAACAAAGCCCCGGCACGAGCGAGAAAAGAGGAAAGAGGCGUUGUUUUGACACUCCAGUUAACGAGGAAUGGAGAGAUGACUUUGGCUGUGUACCACUGCAGUAUGAUGCAGAAGAUCGAGAUAGACAAUUCCCGAAUUAUGGUGAGGAAUGGCAAGAUGACUGUGGCUUUGCACCGUUGCAAUUUGAUGAAGAAGAUUUCCAGGGGCAAUUUCCGGAACAUGGCGGCGCAAGUGAAGUUACUCAGCAUGUAAACAUUUCGAUUUUGCACGGCAUUAGUGUUGCUGAAUCUGUCCCAGUUGAAUCGAACCGUGAAGCUGAAAAUGUUAAAGUGAAGGUAAGCUUUCUCAAUUUCUGAAACGUGACAUUUUGCUUUAGCUAGCUCACAAUCUCCUCCUCAUUCUGGGAUACAUUGUAGUUGUUUUGUUUACCCACGGAGCACUUACUAAAGGUGACCGUGCGUUCCAUAUCGAAUUGGAUAUUACCAGGAUAGGCACAAAAACUAUCUAUUCAUUUCAUAACAAGACUUGUCUUAGGUAGAAAGUUCUGAAUUUUUAUCCCCUUUUUUAUGAUACAUUUUAUUUAAUAUAUGGCGGGAAGAGCUCUUUUUUUAGGCUCACGUAAUAACUCUGUCGAAGUGUUAUGAUAUAAACAUCAGAAAAUAACUCGGUGACUUAUAAGAGACAACUUUAUAAAUUCGCUUGCUUGACAAAGACAUUGUAAGACUAAUUUUUCCGAAAUUGUACAUAUUACAACUGACAGAGAAUCAUUUAAGUGGGUAAUAUUCAUUGUUUUAAUUCGUUUUUAGGUAACCAUCUGUUAUCCCAGUGGAAACAAGGAACGACUGAUCAAUAACCCCCACAUAGCAACGUUAGUGAAAUACUUCGUGCUUGAGCGAAAUGAACAGGCCUACAAAUCACUUGUUAACAUCCCUGAAGCAAAUCUAGUAAUCAAGCAGGCCUUCCUUGCUAACUUGAACAAUGAGAUGAAAAAUCUUGUCUCCUCAAGUGUGCUGAGAAACUCCAGCCCCACUGACCUUACAGCUUUUAGACUCGAAACAUUUCAACAAGAGCUAGCAGAGAAAGCACCUGAAACCUUUCACUUGCUGGAAGUUAUGUGCUCUUCAGAGAGAAAGAAACUGAGAGAUAGAUCCGAGGAGAAUGCAGCCGAUGACAGUCAGCACAAGCUUAUCCCUCCAGUUAUUCCCACUAUUGAUAGUAUGAUCCUUCAUUCAAGGUGUUCUGCUUUGUCGGCAAUGGCAUACCGAAUAGGCCUCCUCGUGAGGUAUUCUGGAGCUGGAAGAGUUGUAAGUGAUAAUUAUGUGAUAGAUUCUACAUAUGGAUAUUUUCCAGAAUGACAAAAGACAUUUGAUCGUAUUUCAUUGACUAAAUAAUUUCGAUUUAUAUGAUAAAGAACAUUCCUUGUUUAACUCACAAUUUACUUUUCUGUAUUUCAAACUACUGUUCACUAAUUGUUAGGUUUUACAUGUGCCAAAUCAAGUCAAAGAACACCAUCACCUAGUGAUUCAAUACCAUUACCUACUGUUUUCACAAUUUCAUUUUUUGCCCUUUCAGUGUGAGAUAAAUUUGUGUAGUUAUUUUUCAUGGUUAAAAAUAAAGUCAUACAUAUUUUAACUUCUAGGGUCUUGAGCUGCUGUCAAAGCAUGGAAUUACUCUACAUCCAGAUACUAUCGCCUCAAAAAGCAAGGAAUUGGGAAAAAAUCAUGAUUCUCAACUCUUGGAGUGGACCAAAUCGAUUUCUCAAGCAGCUGAAGUGAGGCUCUGUGCAGAAAACCUUAAAGAAGAAUUGCAAGGUCUGAAUUAUCUUCCUUCGCAGCCAUCUCUUGAAAACUUUGUGGAGCAUGUUCUUGGUACAUCUAGUAAUGAGGCCAAAGAAUCUACAAGUAAAGGUCAUGUGCAUGAUGCAACAGUUCAGGAUAUCACCACAGUAGAUACAUCUGUACUCAACUUGUGCUUCAGCUAUCAACCAGGAGACACUGUGACAAGUGUUUACAACAACAUUUAAACUGGAGGCAUAAGUGACAAUACACUUCAAGAGACCAUUAAAGCUGUUUCUGAAGCUGCAGCUAACCAGGGCAAGAAAGACUUGAAAUCUGCAAUUGAUUCAGUUCUUCAUCAAGAUCAGCCAAAGGGAUAUCAGAUAAUUGGAGACAAUGUAGAUUUGCACAUUAAUGUGAGACACAUGAGUGAACAAAACAAAAACAAAUCCCUGCAUACUUUCAACCUAGUGGCAAUGCGAGAUGUUGUCUCGGGAGGCAACCUUCCCAACAAGCAUAUUAGAACACUUAAUGAUGUUGAAAUCUCAGAGUUUUUGCCAUGCCAUAAUGAUGUGGAGAACCUUAAGAAGGAUUUCAUUGUACUGUGGGCUAGAGUAAUGGUGAAAAACAUUCCAGCAUUCAGUUUCUUAAAGGGUGUGGUGAUACAGCACAUCCAACAUCAGUACAGCAAGGAAAUGCAGGCUGUUACUGAGGAGGUAACCUUAAAGGAAAUAAUAAUUAUUGAUCCAAGGAACCUCUGUUCAAUUUUAGCUUCCAUUUAAUUGAAAAAUGAGUAGCCCAAAGUGGGCAUCUUUACAGGCUGCUACGUAUUUAGGUAAACCCUUAUUACUGUGUAGAAGUCUAUUUACAAGUGUUUCCCUAGGCAGUUAUGAGAGCUUUUUGUAGCAGGUUUAAAUAUUAUGCAAACAUGCUUUUGAUUACCAGAUGCGAAACCAAAACUGAGCUCCUAUUAAUCAAAGCUUUGAAUGUUGCUGUUGUUUGCCUUAAUUAAGCCCAUUCUUUAAAGAAAAUGUAUUACAGUUUCAAAUUUUUGCCCAUUGCAAGCCUAUCCAAAAAUUGUUAACUACCAUUUAUACACAGUUCUUUGCUACAAUCAAAUCACCGAUAAAAUUUUAAAUUUCUAAUUUAUCUUCUUUAGGUUCCACUGGGAUGUCUCCCAAAGAAUGAGACCCUCAAUGAGGAUAUGGUGGACAUAUUGGAAACACUACAGGAGAAAUAUGUACCAAUGGUGGAGAAUGGAGGGGAGCGUGUACCAGCUGAUAUAGCGUUUUUUGGUGGUGACCAACUUACGGAAGAGCGGGCAAGGAACAUACAAAAGGCCAGGAUGGAUGGAGAUACAAUUCAAGAGAGACUAGAGGGACUGUGGCCAAAAAACGAGGACUGGCAUGGAAUUAGAAUUGCCUAUCAGGUAACUUAUAAAUACGUAUACUUGUUCAGUAAUCCAUGCCAAGAAAGAGGUGGCAUAUGCAAUAGGAUGCAAUAUCUUAAAAAUAAACAGUCGCUCUCACAACAAAUCGAAUUGUUGCUCCUGCUAACUUGAAGUAAUUUUUGUUUCCUUUCUGUUUUUCCAUAGUUUCAACCCCAUCCCAUCCCAUAUUUUUGGUAACUUGCUUCAAACUCCUUUAAUUUCUGAUUUACAUAUAUUGAGAGAAGACUGUUUAUUCAUUGUCUUAUAAGUUUCUAAUCUCAGUCAGGCAAAGAUUUUAAAUAUAAAAUAAACAAAAGAGAACAAAACCCAAAGUCAAGGGUAUUGAAUGUCAACAACACAAUUGUAAUAUUGUAAAAAGUGACCAUAUAUGAUCAACACUUAACUACUGUAAACAGAUUUUUGAUUUUAAUUAGGCUGGUGUGUAAGAUGGCAAGAACUUAUUAAUUUGGUUGUGAAAAUGGAUUUUUCUCAUUUUCCUGAAAACCAAUGUCAAACAAAUUUGUGGCUUUUAAAUUAUGAAUUAUUUUUUCCUAUCUUUAGGCUGCUACAGACAUUUUACGCAAGUCCUCCUCUGUAGCGGAUUGGGGUACAUUUGCCUCUAAUGCAGUGGUAUCUGGAAACACUAAUGCUCUGAGGGACACACUGGACAACUAUGAUGCUGUAAAAGAGUUUUUUAAACUUGAAAAUGAGGCCAUGAUUGUUGCAGCGACCAUGAGAUAUUUCAGUAUGGACACAAUUGAUAGUUCGCCAACAAAAAACAAAAUCCCUAGGAACUUACAAAAGUCUUCAAAUGAAGAGAAGCGCAAGUGGCUCCAUGGACACGUCAGCAGCAUGCUUGAUGAGUAUGUCAUGGAUGGGGUGUCAGAUAUUGAAAGAGCUAGAGAUGAGAUGGGGCAUGUCGGAAUCAGACCCAUGCUUCCCUGCCGAUUUUCUGGUUGCACACGAACCUUUGUGUAUGCAAAAUGCCGUGUCAACUAUGAGAAAAAGAUCCAUGAUUUAGAAGUAACAGAGGAAAAGCAAGAUGAGACAAGUGAGGAGAACAAGAAGUCAGAGUUGUCAGAGUCAAAGGAGGACAAUGUAUUUAAUUAUGGGUGUCUACACUUAAGUCUAGGUCUUCUUCUCCACAAUGCAGAUGACUCGGUAAAAGAGGGUGAUGGAGAAAGACUGAUGAGAGUUUGGAAAUUCUUGACCUUCGUAUUCCGAAUUCAUGGAAAACACAAAUAUGCUUUGGCGGGGCUGCGUUUGAUGGCAUCAAGGCUAGCACUGUUGACACCUCGUCAAGCUCAUAGGCUGACAUGGAACAGAUUUGCAAACAAGCAGGGAGGGGUAGGCAAGUGCAUUUCGCGAGACCUGAGACUGGAGCAAAUAAACCAGGUAUCCAAGCAAGCUAUCUGCGGGAUAGGAGCCCCAAAUGUAACACCCGAUAGUAUACAGUCAACCACACAGUCUACUGGUUCUUUAGAAAAACUGCUUGUCACGUCCAGCCAAGACCUUGGAAUAACAAAGCGGUCAACACAUCAUACCAACAAGACCCGACAAGCUGUUUUUACAUCAGUAUUGAACCAGUUACAUACAAAAGCUAAGAUGUUUGAUUUUGUACCUGGUCGCAAGAUUGAAUCAUUCCCGAAAGUGACCCGAAGUAUUUACAGCUCCCUGGAUAAAAAGAAACUGCACAGGUGGAUCAGCAAACACAAAAAGUCUUGGCACAGGCAGAAUCGGCAUCAAUACAAAAGUUAA